GAGCCCUGACUACAGCUCUUGCAGACAGAAAAAUUCACUGCAAGUAGAGCACUUUCUAGAUUGCUCCUAGAGUGUGGGAACAACAGUCUCUCCUGUCCACGUUACUGAAUCCAGAAAAAAGGUGAACUUACGAACAUGGGAAAAGAAAUCCAGCUAAAGCCUAAGGCAAAUGUCUCUUCUUACGUUCACUUUUUGCUGAAUUACAGAAACAAAUUCAAGGAGCAGCAGCCAAAUACCUACAUUGGCUUUAAAGAGUUCUCUAGAAAGUGUUCGGAAAAAUGGAGAUCCAUCUCAAAGCACGAAAAGGCCAAAUAUGAAGCCCUGGCCAAACUCGACAAAGCCCGAUACCAGGAAGAAAUGAUGAAUUAUGUUGGCAAGAGGAAGAAACGGAGAAAGCGGGAUCCCCAGGCACCCAGACGGCCUCCAUCAUCCUUCCUACUCUUCUGCCAAGACCACUAUGCUCAGCUGAAGAGGGAGAACCCGAACUGGUCGGUGGUGCAGGUGGCCAAGGCCACAGGGAAGAUGUGGUCAACAGCGACAGACCUGGAGAAACACCCUUAUGAGCAAAGAGUGGCUCUCCUGAGAGCUAAGUACUUCGAGGAACUUGAACUCUACCGUAAACAAUGUAAUGCCAGGAAGAAGUACUGAAUGUCAGCUAGAAACCGGUGCAGAGGGAAAAGAGUCAGGCAGAGCUGAUGGAUCCAGUUCGAAAAAACAAAAUGCCAUUCAACCGUA